CUUGAGACUCUAGCCCGCCGGAAUUAGCUUUCAGAAUCGCGCAAAGAUGGGCUUCACCGACGUUGACCAGCUCGCCAUCAACACGAUCCGUGUUUUGGCUGCUGAUGCUACCGCCAACGCCAACUCGGGCCACCCGGGUGCCCCCAUGGGCAUGGCACCUGUUGCCCACGUUCUCUUCAACAGGUUUAUGAGGUUCAACCCCAAGAACCCCAAAUGGGUCAACCGGGACCGAUUCGUCCUCUCCAACGGCCACGGCUGCAUGCUCCAGUAUGCGCUGCUCCAUCUCUACGGCUAUGAGGUCUCUAUGGAUGACCUCAAGGCCUUCCGUAAAGUAGACAGCAUUACACCCGGCCACCCCGAGUCUCACGAUACCCCCGGUGUUGAAGUCACCACAGGGCCGCUAGGCCAGGGCAUCAGCAAUGCCGUCGGUCUCGCGAUUGCCCAGGCGCAUACCAGUGCCGUCUUCAACAAGCCCGGGUUCGACUUGAUUGAUAACUACACAUAUUGCUUCCUGGGCGACGGCUGCCUGAUGGAGGGUGUUUCAUCCGAGGCCUGCUCGCUUGCCGGCCAUCUUCAGCUCGGCAAUCUCAUUGCCAUCUGGGAUGACAACCAUAUCACCAUUGACGGUGACACUAACCAGGCCUUCACAGAAGAUGUUCUCAAACGGUACGAGUCAUAUGGCUGGCACGUUUUGACUGUUGAGGACGGUGACCACGACCUUGCCGGCAUUGAGGCUGCCAUCAAGGCUGCUCAGGAAGUCAAGGACAAGCCGACUCUCAUCCAGCUCAAGACCAUCAUUGGGUUCGGUUCCAAGCAACAGGGCACUCACGGCGUCCACGGCUCUCCGCUCAAGGCCGAUGAUAUCAAGCAGCUCAAGGAGAAGUUCGGCUUCAACCCGGAGCAGAGCUUCGUUGUGCCCCAGGAGGUAUACGACCUCUGCCACAAGGUGGCGGCCGCUGGCGCCGCCAAGGAGGAGGAAUGGAACAAGCUGUUUGCCAAGUACGCUGAGCAGUACAAGGCUGAGCACGAUGACUUGAUCCGCCGCCUGAAGGGCGACCUUCCCGAGGGCUGGGAGAAGCACCUCCCCACCUACACCCCCGCCGAUUCGGCCGUUGCAUCGCGAAAGCUUUCUGAGACAGUCCUUAACAAGAUCUUUGACGUCAUUCCCGAGCUGGUUGGAGGCUCGGCCGACUUGACCGGUUCCAACCUUACGCGGUGGAAGGGCGCUAUCGACUUCCAGCCCCCUGCGACAGGCCUGGGCGACUAUGCAGGUCGGUAUAUCCGUUUCGGUGUCCGCGAGCAUGGCAUGGGUGCCAUUUUGAAUGGAAUGGCUGCCUACGGAACUGUUAUCCCCUAUGGCGGCACUUUCCUCAAUUUCGUCUCAUAUGCUGCUGGCGCCGUGCGUCUCUCUGCUCUGUCCCAAGUGCGCGUUAUCUGGGUUGCCACGCACGACUCAAUCGGUCUCGGCGAGGACGGCCCGACGCACCAGCCGAUCGAGACGCUGGCCCACUUCCGUGCUCUCCCCAACUGCAUGGUUUGGCGGCCGGCCGACGGUAACGAGACGAGCGCGGCUUACUACGUUGCCCUGAUCUCGAAGCACACCCCCAGCAUUAUCGCUCUGUCGCGUCAGAACCUGCCCCAGCUUGAGGGCUCGGUCAUCGACAAGGCGAUCAAGGGUGGCUAUGUCCUCCACGAGGUCGAGGGUGCCGACAUCACACUGGUUUCGACGGGCUCCGAGGUGUGCAUCUGCAUUGACGCGGUCAAGGAGCUGGCCGAGAAGCACAACAUCAAGGCUCGCGUCGUCUCGAUGCCCUGCUUCGAGGUCUUCGACGCCCAACCCAAGGAGUAUCGUCUCAGCGUCCUUCCCGACGGUAUCCCAUCUCUGUCGGUUGAGGUCAUGAGCACCAUGGGCUGGGAGAGGUACACGCACGAGCAAUUUGGUUUGAACCGGUUCGGUGCUUCGGGCGCAUACAAGGAUGUGUACAAGAAGUUUGAAUUCACCCCCGAAGGCAUUGCUAAGCGGGCCGUUGCGACGGUCAACUUCUGGAAGGACGUCCCCAACAUCCGGUCGCCCAUCAACCGUGCCUUCCAGCAGCUCAUCUAGACGCCGGGCCAGUAAGCGCCGCUUGGGAGGACUCGGAGGAGUGGCUGCAUAUCCACGCGAUAGAACAGCAAUUGGGAGUCCAGCGAUAGCUAGACGGGG